AUGGAACCCAAAUACACCAUAGAGCAAAUUGAUUUGCUGAGACGGUUACGGAAAAGUGGUAUGACGAAAGAUGAAAUUGUGCGAGCACUAGAUACAAUGGAAAGGCUGGAUGGCGAAUACGAUAACAGAUAUGGAUUCAUUAGGAACUCUAAUUCAACCAAUCAGAGCAAGGAAAGUCAAAAUCAAAACCAGAACAGAAAUGUGACCUACCCUAGCAAUGGUAGCUAUGGUAACAAUGCAGGGAAUUAUGGGAACAAUUGCAUGAUGGGUGUGAACAACACCUCAAAUGUUUCUAUGCCCGUGAUUAAUUUCGCACAGCCAAGUGCAGUGUAUACAUCUACUGGAACAUCAAGUACGUUUAGUUUUCUGCAGGCAAAUAAACCUGCACAAACUCAAGUGACUACGACUUCAAGCACCAAUAAUAGUAGUAGCAAUCCCACUAUGUCGUGGCACAUUCCUGGUAACUACGGUAACACAGGGUCUAUGGACACAGGAUUAACUCCGGAGGACGAAGAAGUAGAGGAACUUAUCAGAAAAGGACCAUUAUCUGUGAAAGAAGAAAUCAAAUCGUUCAUGGCAGACCGAAAGAUAUCGCAAAUGUUUGUGUCGCAGAAAACGGGCAUCAGUCAAAGUUACAUAUCAUUGUUCUUAGUGCAAGGUAUCGAGAUGAAAUCCAACACACAGAAGACGUUGUACUCGUGGUAUGUACAUGAAAAGAAAGGACUUCCUUUCACUACAACCAUUGCACCGAAGAAUCAACCAAAGCCCACCCAGGAAGAGCCGACUGAUAACAUUGCCAUGAGUACACCAACUACCAGUGCAUCUGACAAAAAUGACAAGGGUAAUACUGGUAAAAAAAGAUUUGUCUGGAAGGAUUCUUGCAUACCAAUUUUAGAAAAAUAUUUUGAACAGAAUCAGUAUCCAGACGACUACGAAAGAGAAGUUAUUGCAGAUGCAUGUAAUUCAGUUAUUCAGAUUCCUGGAUAUGAAUUACCAUCUGAUAAAUUAGUGACGCCAAUAAAAGUCUACAAUUGGUUUUGCAACAAAAGAAAAGACCAGAAAAGAAGAAAACAUAUCGCUGAAAUGGAAGCCGCAGCAAAUAAUGAACUUCGAUUGACAAUACCAAAUCCUGGUUUUGCAACAUCAUCAUCGUCAUCGACGUCAUCACAAAUAAAGACUGAAGUCAAUAGUCCUGAUGAUUGUAGUAUAAUAUCGGAAAAGCGAAGUUGCUCUCCCAAUCAAGACCCGAUGCAAUUGGCAGUUGAAAUGGCAGCCGUUAAUCAUUCUAUUCUAGCACUUGUCAAUCAACACGAUGACGAAAUGAGCGACGAUUCCGGGCAUCAGUAG